GGGAGAGUGGCAGCAUCAUGGAGGGGUAAGGACGCUCUGGUCAGAGCCCACUCCCCACCACUGAGGGCCUCUUUGUCUCUCUUCUGCAGUGAUGGGUCAUUCCCCUAUGACUCUGUCCCUGGCAGCAGAAUACCAACCAGCCUCCCGGCUCCCUCUCCGUGGUCACCACGGUGUGGGGAGUGACCAACACAUCCCAGAGCCAGGUUCUCGGGAACCCUAUGGCCAAUGCCAACAACCCUAUGAAUCCAGGCGGCAACCCCAUGGCGUCGGGAAUGACCACCAGCAACCCCGGCCUCACCCCCACAGUUUGCAGGGCAGCAGCAGCAGUUCUCGGCCAAGGCUGGCCCCGCACAGCCCUACAUCCAGCCAAGCAUGUACGGCCGGCCAAGCUACCCCGGCAGUGGGGGCUUUGGGGCCAGUUACCCUGGGGUCCUAACGCCCCCGCAGGCAUGGGCAUUCCCCCCACACCAGGCCACCUGCUGACUUCACUCAGCCAGCAGCAGCCGCAGCAGCAGCUGCAGUAGCAGCAGCAGCAGCCACAGCCACAGCCACGGCCACGGCCACAGUGGCAGCCUUGCAGGAGACGCAGAACAAGGAUAUAAACCAGUACGGACCGAUGGGUCCCACCCAGGCGUAUAACAGCCAAUUCAUGAACCAGCCCGGGCCUCGGGGGCCUGCUUCUAUGGGGGGCAGCAUGAACCCUGCCAGCAUGGCAGCUGGCAUGACGCCCUCAGGGAUGAGUGGCCCUCCCAUGGGCAUGAACCAGCCCCGGCCACCUGGCAUCAGCCCCUUUGGCACACACGGGCAACGGAUGCCCCAGCAGACCUACCCAGGCCCCCGGCCCCAAUCCCUUCCUAUUCAGAGCAUAAAGAGGCCAUACCCAGGAGAGCCCAACUAUGGAAACCAGCAAUAUGGACCAAACAGCCAGUUCCCCACACAGCCAGGCCAGUAUCCCACCCCCAACCCCCAAGGCCACUCACCUCUCCCAACUACCCUGGGCAAAGGAUGCCGAGCCAACCCACCACUGGGCAGUACCCACCUCCCACGGUCAACAUGGGGCAGUAUUACAAGCCAGAACAGUUUAAUGGACAAAACAACACGUUCUCCGGAAGCAGCUACAGUAACUACAGCCAAGGGAAUGUCAACAGGCCUCCCAGGCCGGUUCCUGUGGCAAAUUACCCUCACUCGCCUGUUCCAGGGAACCCACGCCCCCCAUGACUCCUGGGAGCAGCAUCCCCCCUACCUGUCCCCGAGCCAAGAUGUCAAACCACCCUUCCCACCUGACAUCAAGCCAAAUAUGAGUGCUCUGCCACCGCCUCCAGCCAACCACAAUGAUGAGCUGCGGCUCACAUUCCCUGUGCGGGAUGGUGUGGUGCUGGAGCCCUUCCGCCUGGAGCACAACCUGGCAGUUAGCAACCACGUGUUUCACCUGCGGCCCACGGUUCACCAGACGCUGAUGUGGAGGUCUGACCUAGAGCUACAAUUCAAGUGCUACCACCAUGAGGACCGGCAGAUGAAUACCAACUGGCCGGCCUCUGUGCAGGUCAGCGUCAACGCCACGCCCCUUACCAUCGAGCGAGGUGACAACAAGACCUCACAUAAGCCGCUGCAUCUCAAGCACGUGUGUCAACCUGGUCGCAACACCAUCCAGAUCACCGUCACUGCCUGCUGCUGUUCCCACCUCUUCGUGCUGCAGCUGGUGCACCGGCCCUCUGUGCGGUCUGUGCUGCAGGGCCUCCUCAAGAAGCGCCUGCUGCCCGCCGAGCACUGCAUCACAAAAAUCAAGAGGAAUUUCAGCAGUGUGGCUGCCUCCUCGGGCAAUACAACCCUCAACGGGGAAGACGGUGUGGAGCAGACAGCCAUCAAAGUGUCCCUGAAGUGCCCCAUCACAUUCCGGCGCAUCCAGCUGCCUGCUCGAGGGCACGAUUGCAAGCACGUCCAGUGCUUUGACCUGGAGUCAUACCUGCAGCUGAAUUGUGAGAGAGGGACCUGGAGGUGUCCUGUGUGCAAUAAAACCGCUCUGCUCGAGGGCCUAGAGGUGGAUCAGUACAUGUGGGGGAUCCUGAACGCCAUCCAACACUCUGAGUUUGAAGAGGUCACCAUAGACCCCACAUGCAGCUGGCGGCCAGUGCCCAUCAAGUCAGACCUGCACAUUAAGGACGACCCUGACGGCAUCCCCUCGAAGAGGUUCAAGACUAUGAGCCCCAGCCAGAUGAUCAUGCCCAAUGUCAUGGAGAUGAUUGCUGCCCUGGGCCCUGGCCCCUCCCCAUACCCACUCCCUCCUCCCCCUGGGGGCACCAACUCCAACGACUAUAGCAGCCAAGGCAACAACUACCAGGGCCAUGGCAAUUUCGACUUCCCCCACGGGAACCCCGGCGGGACAUCCAUGAACGACUUCAUGCAUGGGCCCCCCCAGCUCUCCCACCCCCCAGACAUGCCCAACAACAUGGCCGCCCUCGAGAAACCCCUCAGUCACCCCAUGCAGGAAACUCUCCUGCCAGAACUAACAAAUCCUGACGAGCUCCUCUCUUACCUGGACCCUCCCGACCUUCCGAGCAAUAGCAAUGAUGACCUCCUAUCUCUCUUUGAGAACAACUGAAGGCUACCCUUCAUUGGGGCCAUCCCUUCCCACUCUGCCUCCUGCCCCGUCUGUCCCACACACUUUUCCUCCCUCCUGGGAGCCCGUGCUCAGGCCACCUGUUGCCAGGACUACAGGCUGGGGUGCAGGCAGGAUGUACCAGGAAGGCCUUGUGAGGCUUCAGCCUCGUACACCUGAACGCCCUGGGCUGGGGCCCAUGCUAGAGCAGGCCCAAGACGACCCCCGCUGAGGGGGGGCCUGGCCCAGCUGAGACACAGGCUGAUGGCGGCUUCAGCUCCCUCUGUGUGUGCUGACUCCAGAUAAUGUUCCAGUGCAGUGCCCCCAAAGUUCUUCCAUUUUCUGAACUGUAGCCCUGCUUUCCUGCUUCCUGGCCCAAGUAUCCUUCAAGUGACUGGAGCCUGAGAGAGAGAGUACCCAGAGACUGGUGUGGGGACAAGCCUUGGAAGGGCAAUGACAGUUGGCAGCAGAGAGUAUGCCCUACCUGCCACCGCCCACCACAGAGAAGCACAAACCUCUGGGAAGGAGAACAACUCUCAGGGCCAGAGUUCAUCACUUUGACCUCUGACCUCUAAGCCAAGAAGCCCUGUACACAUUCAGAAAACAAGAGACAAAUGUUGCUUUGUCUGAGAGGAGCUGCCAUUCCUGCUUGAGGUUGGAAAGGGGACAAGGGCCUCCCUGGAGCCAGGACAAUAUAUUGCAGGGCUCCAUGACCUUGGACUCAGACCACGCCCCUUAAGGGACAGGGAGAGAAAGCACUCGAGAGCAUGCGUGAGUGUGUACCCAACCAAAAGGGUUGUACUCUCCGUUGGAGGCCGUGGGAGGAUAUUGGACAGUCAAACAAGCAGCCCCUUGCAACUUUGCUAUAAGCCACUCUCUGCUUUCAAUCAGUGACUGUGGAAGGCUCUGAAGUCACCUGGAGGAAAGGAACACUGGACUUGGACCGCAAGCAAGCCACUUCCCUCUUGUGUUCUGUCUCCUCCUGCCCCACCUGCCUCGCCAAGAUUUUCCAUGGGACAUCACUUCCUUCUGGUCCUAGUCCUGGUUUGUCUAGCCAGUGGCAGGGUGCACGGUGGAGAAGCAGGGCAGGUACAGGGGCAGCUCAGACAGAAAGAAGCCUGGGACUGGACGGCAGGAGCCCAGCAUAUCAGUGUCUCUCUCAGCCUCUUGGUCUGUCUCUGCAUUCAAGGCCACCUCUGGCUUCAGCCAAUACCAUCACCGCUGCAUGCACCAGGAUGUCCUGUGGGCAUUUCUGUGCUGCCAGCCGCCCCUCUGCAUCCGUCCUCCACUAAAGCUCACCCCACACUCCUACUCGCUUGGCAAGAACAGCCUCUGCUGUUCCUUCACUGCUUCACUCCAUCUGCUUAGGGGUCCCCAGGGGGCUUGUCAUGCAUCCACUUUGUUACAGGCUGGUCGAUGUCCCUUAGUCGCUUGGCCUAUGGUGACGCUGGAUUGUCCCGUCAUUUGGGUCCCAUCUGUAAAUUCUUUGCACCCUUUCCUGCUGCUUCCACCCAGGGCCCUUCUCUGCCCUCCUGUCCACUGUCAGGGUCCUUAGUGGCUGUCAGCCUCCCCAUAUCCCUUUGUUCAGUGGGUGUUCCCCAGCACUCUCUGUGGAUUGUACUGGAAAGGUGGCCCCAGCUGUUGACUUGCAGUCACCAUACCAAACGGCACAAGGUUUUCUGUAGGAAAGCUGCCAUUGUCCCCACUCCUUUUCUUCCUUUGUCCCUUUGUCGAGGUUUUUUCAAAUAGCGUGUUGUUCAGUAUGCAAAUCAAUUAUUUUAAGAAUCGCUUUUGUAAAUAUCUUUGUGAAUAUUUUAGUAUCGUCUUUGAUAAUAUUCAACAUUUUCAUGACCUGGUUAAUAGCCUUUGCUGGUGUUUUUAAAAUACCUUGACUCAAUAACAAAAACCGAGUCUUUUUUUUAAAAAAACAAACAAACAAACAAAAACAAAAAAGCAACCAGGGCUCUUUGUACAGAUGAGGGAUGAACAGAAUGGGUGGCUAUACUGGGAGUGGAAGACCAGGAAGCCUACUGUUGAGGUCCAUGCCCAGUCAGGUUGGGGGACAAGAUGACACCAGGGACAAUGUAGCUGUCUUGGCCCGGUGCCUGUGGCCUGGCAGGCAUAGGGCCACACUCUGCUUUGAACCAUCUGGAAUGUUCAGCUUCAGACAGACUGACAGAUGCCUUCCUUAGAAGUUCCUGCUUCCUGCAGUGAUACUGUGCCCCGCAAAGGCCUGGGGUCCCUGCUGCUUGUCACAAUGUACCCAGGUUCUGCUCACAGGCUGAUCUGCACUUUUCUAGUGCAAAGGGUCUACAUGCACCCUGAAGCCUGGCUCCAGGCCCUUCUUGCCAUCUUGGGCUGGCACCUGAGGCUGAUUUUCUGGGUUCCCCCAUGCAAGCCUCCACCAGCAAGUUCACAGAGCUGUCCUCCAGCCAGCUGUGACUGUGGUGCCUGAGCCCAUGCUCUGGGAACAUCCCCUUCCAGAGUAUUUCCACAGUUAAUCCAGGGUGUGAGGGAGUGCAAAGAUGUGGGGCUGGAGCCAUCCCGGAGAAGUGACAGGUGCAGCUAAAAGCAACAUCUAUAAGCAGAGGCAGGCCUGCACUCUGGACAGACACUUCCCUGGUUCUUUCAGACAACAACUUGGAGCCAUAAGUAACCUCAGCAAAAAUGAGGUCUCAACAAGCCACUUUCCCAUGACAAACAUCCACCCACCCAUUGGCAUGUUUCUGCCACCACUCCCCAAGAUGAGCUGGAAGCCAGUGGGGCAGGCUGGCAGGGCCCCAAACAGACAGUUGUCCCCAUCUUCUUGGUUUGAAGCUUUAUUCAUGUAUCAUGUUCCUCUGUAGCCAUUUUAUUUUUUAAGAAACUUCUAAUACUUUCUCCCUAAUGAAAGUCCUAACCCCCAGAGAGCUACAGGUCUGCUGCUGACGGGCCUCGGGCCUGACCCGUCCAGACAGGGCAAUGUGAGCAGCAGCGACUCCAGGGACGUGUGUACAUAUGUAAAUGAGAAAUAGACAUGUCAACAGAUGCAUUCAUUUCUCUUGGAAUGUGUAUUGUUUUUAUUUUACAAAACAAAACAACAAGGCUUGGAACUCCAUCUUGCGUGGGAAAACUAGAUCCUGUUUGUUAGCGUUUGUGAGUUCACAUUUGUCUCACUCAUGUAAUAUACUCUGACCCUGUGUGGCAAAGCAUUUUGGUUCUGUUUUGUUUUUCUUUUACCUACAUGUACUAUUUAGCUUCAGUGUGCUAGUUCAGCCACCUGUGUAUUUUUAGGGUGCUAUGGAAAUAAUGAAAAGAAACGGGGAUUUCAGAAGAAAAUUGUAACCAAAUCCAUACUUUGUAUAAUUUUUGAUAUCAUGAUCACAGGUGAUUCACAUGACCACACAUCAACACACCCACAAGUGCAGCCUGAAGUGACUCCCACUGAAACCGCCAUCGUCUUUGUACAUCGUAUGUACAAUGCAGUCAUUUCAUACUUUAAACUGGUCAGAAAACUAAUUGUGAUUUCUAGUCUUGCAAAGCUGUAUGUAGUUAGCUGAUGUGACCUCUAAUAUUUAUCUAAUAAAUAUGUAUUCAGAUGAAACCUGUA